AUGGCCAGCCUCAGCGAUUACGACUUUCCGCCCAAAAAGCGUGUGACCACAUACGGCAAAGCUACGAGAAGGCGAGUGGGAGCUUCAACUUCCUCAAUCUCCGUGAACAGGAGUGCGUCCUCGAUUUCGGUCAAAACGAAUCAAAGCGAAGAAGACAUCAUAACGAAAGCCCCUGUGACUGCUACCGUCACAUCUCCAUCACCACCAAGCUCGCCGGAACCUCGACCUACCGUAUCUCGUACUACCAGUUCUAGCAACAGAGGCAGGCUAUCAACCAGACAGAAAUAUGGCCGAACCAGCCAGCCAAGGCUGCACGACGAGUCGCAUAGCCAGCCACUGCCGGGUAGCAUAGAAACCGGCGAGGACGAUGCUCGAGCAAAGAAGAGAAAGAUCACUCGGACAUAUUCGGAACAGACAGACGUACUGGCAGGGCCAUACUCGACCCCCGACUCAUCGCCGUCCGGCACAGAAACGCCCAUCAAUGCUUCGAAGGAACAGGUAGCAAAACCAGUACCGACGGCGAAGUUGCAGCAAAAGGCCGUCAACACACCCGUAAAAGAUGUCAAGAUGACGGAUGCUUCCUCUUCCCGGUCAUUUCUCACGCAUACGACAACAAAGCAUCAAAUCCCGCUACGCCUAUCGUCCACCAAGCCCAAACCGCUACCAUUGCCCGUGCAAAGGAAUCCUUCUCCCCCGCCAAAAACAGAAGCCUGUGUUACUGCUGUACCGCCACGGCGGAAACGCUUGAUCGAUGCUUUGGUAGCUCAAAAAGAAGAAGACAGUUCCUCCGAUGAAGACGACAAUUCUUCGCUGCCAGAGAGCCCUCGAGGCAGACAAUCCCCCAAAUUCCAGGAUCCAAGCUCGCCCAAUCCUUCAACCAUGACCCCGUCAAAGCGACUUGCUCGCCCAAUACUUGCAACCAAGAAAUCCGGGCCCAAGUUCACGUACACACAGCAACGGUCAAUGUUGGCCGAAAAGGACCCGCUAUUCGAUGGCGGUGGAUUGGGAGGGAUGGGGAUGGAUGAUAGCUUGUCUGGGGGUGCAUUAUUCAACAUUGGUCGCAUGACCAAGAGUGCUGCUCUUGACGCCUUCUCGUUCAUGGACGAGGAGGACGAGACAGUCAACACAGGAGCCGUUCGGAGUAUUCAUGAACUGCGACAAGCCGGCGCCAACAGCCGUUUUGCGGACGAGAUCGAGGAUAUUUUGGACAGAGUGGGUUCACCAUCGGAAAAGCCUUCCUCACUACGAAGAGGCGCUUUGUUCGAGCUUGCUCAGAAAACGAAUGAAAAAUCGUUCCGGUCACAGCUUCGCAAUCAUGGCGGCGCCGACGAUGUGUUCAAGUCACUAGAUAAGGAGACAGACCUCAUUUCUGGCUUUGCAAUCGCCGCAGUUGUCGCGAACAUGCUGGCCACGUCGGCUUCAACCCUGUUACUUCAGCAGCUAAAGGCCCAGGGCUUCGCCGCUCUUAUUGAGCGACUACUGGGGGAACCAAGAGACAUGGUUCUGUUGGCGAAAGAGAGGAAGCAGAAUGUGUCGAGAAAUGGCCAAACAACACUAGGGACGAUCAAGGCCUCUCUGCUGAAGCUUCCGAUAUGGGAAACCGCUUUGCCUGAGCUUGUAUCUCCCAGAACGCUCGCACUGAAGUGUCUAGACUUGAUUAUGCGGCAGUCGACCCAGAUGUCAGAUGAAUUCGAAGUCUUCUCCUCGGAAGUCACCGACCAGCUCUUUUCGAUUUUGGCCGCUGGCGCAUCCGACCAGACCUGCUGGGAUUUCCCGAAAGAGCAAGCGUCCAUCGACUUCUUCCUUGCCCUGUAUGUCCUGGAAGGCCAUUCCAUCUACGCCAUGCAGUCUCACCUCAGCCCUAAGUGGACGACUCAGUACGUGCCGAUUGUGGCUGAUGUUCUGGAGACAACCUUGGCCCGGCCUGCGGACAAGUUCAACGACCUCGAGAGCCUCACCCUCAGGAUUACGCUUAACAUGACUAAUCACAACCAUGAUGCCUCGGGAACGCUUGUCAACAAGGGGCUUCUCCAGAACCUAGCGCAAUCGGCAUGCGUCGCCUUUCACGUUGUCUUGAAUUCCAUGAAGGCCGAUGCUUUCCUGUCUAAAGUGUACGAGUCUCUGAUCAUGAUGCUCGGUGUUAUGAUUAACUUUUGCGUCUAUUACCCACCAGCUGGGAAGUCUCUUGACACGAGAGGGGGUACCCCGGGACCGCAGCUAGAAAGACUGAUCCAGCUCUUUGCUGAUAACCACUCCAAGACCUCUGAUGCGGAUUCCAAGGAGAAAGCUCAGCUCAACGUUGCUCUCGGCUAUCUUGCCAUUUUGCUGGGAUACCUUUGCCUCCGCCAACCCAUCAGGGACAGAUUCAUCUCCGUGCACCCUAAAAAGAGCAUUCAGCCCUUGGUGGACUCCCUCAACGAGUUCAUCGUCUACCACCAGAGAGUUGAGGAAGCCCAGGGUGGGUCUGGGGAAACGAAAGAAGGUGACGAGUCUUCUGCUAUGGCGCGUCUCCAGAGACUGGUCAGCGUCCUCAAGUCAGAGGUCGUCUGA